UUUGUUCCUUUCUUUCCUUGUUUCUUCUUCGUAUAAUCGAAGAAAGCUCUGACAUUUCCAAAAAUCUCGCCUCUCCAAAUUUCUUUCCUGAAAAAUAAAAAUCAAAACCUAUUUCUUUCAGUUUAUGUAGCGAGGAGAUGUGAAGAGUCCUUUACACUCAAAGAGCGCGAAACCUUGAAUCGAUGCAAAGGUUUCAUAGUCUUAACAACAAACCAAAAAAAAAAAAACUCAUUCCUUUCCAUAAUUAGAAGGGAGUUCAGAAUUUGAUUCUCCAAAAAAGGUUUUAAUUUGGUCGACAUAAGAAGAAGCUGGUGGUGAUGGGGAGCGAGGAAGAAGAUGACUGGUUCUCCGAUGCACGGGAAGAGGUAUCCGAUUGCAACUCCCAAGUGGAAGAAGAAGAUGAAUUUGUUCAAGCAACAGGCGAUUUAGACCUCUGGACCAUGAAUCCUGACAGCGUUACUAACCGUCGUCACAAGUUUUUCCAAUCAAUGGGUUUCAGUUUCAAAAAGAGAGAACUUCUUCUUCCUUGUCCCGGAGACGAUGUUAUCGUUCCCGUCUCCCAACCAUUGAACUCCGUCUCUGAGGAGGAGGAGGAGAAGUUGUUGAGGAAUGAAUCUAUGUCCUCUCAGUCAGAUACAUCCUCUGUUUCAUCCUUGUCUCGUUUCAGAGGAGGACGGUUUUUGGAUCGGGCCAAGCACAUUGAUGAUCGUAUUUUCCUGACCAGAGAUUGUUCCAGUAAUAGCAGCAGCAUUGCUAACGAGGGACUGAGCGAGUCUGGUUCCAGUAGUAGUAGAUCCGCAGAUUUACAGAGCUCUCCGUCUAGUCGCUACGAGGAUUCGCCUAAGAAGGGAGGCGCUAAAGGGUGGUUGAAGAAGUUAGGUGUCUUAACUCAUCUUCUCGACGUUGACGGUGACAGUGAUGAAUCUUCUCUUGGAUCGUCGACAAGGAGACAACUCACUCGAGUCCAGUCUUUCAAGAAGCAGUUCAAGGAGCUCUCGUCUCUAUGCGUAGGACAAGAGUUCUCAGCGCAUGAUGGAUCCAUUGUAGUCAUGAAGUUUUCUCACGAUGGCAACUACUUAGCCACCGCUGGUGAGGACUGCGUUGUGCGAGUGUGGACCAUCGGGGAAGAAGAGAGGAGAGACAGUUUGUUUGAAGUGGCUGACUCUGAUUCCACCUCUAACUGUGUUUACUUUGGGAUGAAUGACAAGUCGCAGAUUGAGCCGUUAAACAUUGAGAACGAGAAAGUCGAAAAGAGUAGAAGACUGUUGAGGAAGAAGUCAGAGUCGACCUGCGCCGUGUUGCCUUCGAAGGUCUUUACUAUAUCUGAAACCCCUCAGCAUGAGUUCCGGGGACAUGCUGGUGAAAUCUUGGAUCUUUCCUGGUCGGACAAAGGGUUUCUACUAUCAUCAUCAGUGGACGAGACUGUUCGUUUAUGGCGAGUUGGCUCUUCUGAUGAAUGCCUCGGAGUUUUCUCUCAUAAAAGUUUUGUGACUUGUGUGGCAUUCAAUCCUGUGGAUGACAAUUACUUUAUAAGCGGAUCGACUGAUGGGAAAGUCCGUAUUUGGGAUGUCUCUAGUGUCAGGGUUGUUGACUAUACAGAUGUAAAAGAGAUUGUUACAGCUUUGUGCUAUCGCCCUGAUGCUAAAGGUGUAGUUGUAGGUUCCAUGGCUGGAGAUUGUCUCUUUUACCAUACAAUUGAUAAUCAGCUGGAACUGGAUAGAGAGAUCAGUAUACAUGGGGGGAUGAAGAAGAAUAAGAAGAAGGUUCCUAGCAAAAGAAUCACUGGUUUUCAGUUUUUCCCCAGUGAUUCAGACAAAUUAAUGGUCACUUCUGCUGAUUCUCAAAUCCGAAUAAUCUCUGGAGUUGAUACCAUCUGCAAGCUUAAGAAAGCUUCAAGUCUUAGGACAACCCUGAGCCCAACCUCUGCUUUGUUCACAUCGGAUGGGAAACACAUUGUGUCAACAAUAGAGGACUCAGGCAUUCAUGUUUGGGACUACUCUCAACCCAACAAGAAAGCUGCUUCUCCUCCUCAGAAACCCAAAACUAUCAAGUCUUAUGAGGGAUUUCUCUCAGACAACGUCUCUGUUGCCAUACCUUGGCUAGGCCAGGGUAAAGAGGAGGACAGUGUCUGCAGUUUCAUUGCUGAUUUGGACAAGAAGUUUGCUCAUUUGCCGUUGCCAGUGAGGGACUGUUUCUCUCAAGUGAAAGGAGCGACAACUUGGCCAGAAGAGAAGCUAGGAGUAGUAGCAGGUUCCGCUGCAGCAGCCAUCUCAGCUACGGCCAGCAGCAGAUCCAAGCUGAGGCUACUGAGGAGCGUCUGCCAGAACGUCAACAACACUUGUACGCCUCACCUGUGGGGGCUAGUGAUUGUGACAGCAACUUGGGACGGUAGGAUCAGAGUGUUCCAUAACUACGGUUUACCAAUUCGGGUCUGAAGAGAGAGUGUGUAUACAUUUGCAAGUGUUGGUGUAGAAUUAUUUGAUUUGAUUUGAUUUAGGAGCUCACUUAAGCCUUAAAAGAGCAUGAGCUAAAGUGGGUCUCUUUGUAUUGGUUCUAUAUGUAUAGAGGUGUGACGAUUAGUAUUAUUGUGUUUGUAAAAACACUGGGAAUUAAUAUGAAAAUACCACCACUCUUAACCGUGGUUUGAAUUUGUCAGUAUCA